AUGUCCGGCGGCGCAUGCGUAGUGCCACAUACGGACAGCCAACGAAGCAAACAGCCGAUAUAGCCGACUGUUAGCUAACGAAAGCUGCCGUUUACACACACUUUAACACAUACGGUGCAAUGUUUCGUAGAAAGCUGACGGCGCUAGAUUAUCACAACCCCGGUGGAUUCGACUGUACAGAUGAGACGCAGUACAGGAACUGCGUGGUGUGGCUGGAGGACCAGAAGAUCCGGCACUACAAGAUCGAGGACCGAGGAAACCUGAGGAACAUCCCGAGCUCCGACUGGCCCUCAGCAUACCAGAAGUACCUGCAGGAUCUGAACUGUCCCUUCGGGGUUCAGGAGAAGCAGGAGUCGGUGGACUGGUUACUGGGCCUGGCUGUACGGUAUGAAUACGGAGACAAUGUGGACAAGUAUAAGAACUGCGAGCCGCUGGCCGCCUCCAGCAACAGCGACAAAGCGGUGGACCCUCUCCUCAACCUCGACAGUAGUUCUCCAGAUUUCAAAGCAGGAGUGACGGCUCUGGUCAACAUCCUAAAGAUCCAACGGCAUGACGACUACCUGGUCAUGCUCAAGGCCAUUCGUAUUCUGAUCCAGGAGAGGCUUUCUCCAGAAGCCAUCACCAAAGCCAGCCAGAGCGUAGAGGGUAUCCCGGUAGCUUUAGACAAGCACACCUUGGGCUUCGACACCGGAGAUGCCACUCUGAACGAAGCGGCCCAGAUCCUGCGCCUGCUGCACAUCGAGGAGCUGAGGGAGCUCCAGACCCGGAUCAACGAGGCCAUCGUGGCCGUCCAAGCCAUCAUAGCCAACCCAAAGACGGACCACAGGCUGGGCAAAGUCGGCAGAUGAGAAGAGUGAGGAUGACGAAGGGAGGAGGAAAGGGGGAGGGACUGAACCAGCGGGAGUUUUAAUUUGAUUUUGUUGGACAUUCAUGAGUUUGUAUUUGUUCUGCAUGAGAUCAGCCUGAUGAGAUGUGGGGAGGUUUUUGGUGCAAAUGCAAACAGAUUUUUGAUUUAAUUGCAUUUCAGCACUCAUUUCGGCUGGCAGGUGAAGUUUCGCUCUUCAGACUGAGGUCUUACCUUCCGCUCACAAUCUCUCCCUCCACAGAAAAGCUUCUGAAAUACUCAAAUGGACAGUUAUAUUUGUAUCUUUUGUUUCCAGAGCAAACAGAAGGAAUAAUGUGUUAUUUAGAACCGGUUUACGUUUGACGCUGUGUGGGUGAAUCUAUAAAUGCAGCCGAGCAGA